UGUAUGGCGGUCUCGAAGAGGACGUGUUCCACCUUAUUCGCGUGUCAACUCUUCGUCUCGCCUAAGCACCAGCAAUCUGACAGGACACAGGUGAAGGUCACUCACCUGUCAAAGUGAGACAUGCGUCAAGACAAUACGAGCAGAUACGUACCAACAGAGAUGAAGGCGUGGUAUCUGAGGUUGAUGCGCCAUGGGGCGUGUGUCGCGUACUCACGGCGAGUACCACAUCCGCUGCCCGGCCUUCCCAUUUUCUUCGAUGACUCCGCGUUUAAGGUUCAAGUGCUGUGACGAGUAUGCAGACAAAGUCUUCCGCCACCAUACAAGCCCUGCAUCUGCUCUGAAAAUUCUCCGAAGAGCACCGCAGAACGAUAUUGCAGGCGGCACCUGCGAUUCGAUGCAGGAUGAAAGGCUACCCAAUCUAGCGAGCUGUUUUAUGCCGUGUAACUUUGCGUAUGUUUCAGACCACACGUUCUCAGCGCGUGAGUGGGGAUACACAGUCAUGUGUCUGGGGACGGGUACACACAUUGCAUAUGCAAUGUCCCAAGAGAAAUCUCAGGGUAGAACGUGUGGGUUAGAUCUUGCAGUGCUAGGAUCGGGAUGUAUGAUGAUGAAAGUGGUCGGCUCCGCGGAUGCUGUCAUGAUGGAGCGGACCUGUAAUGGUGUUUUCCUAUCUUCCAGGGCAUUUUGUGUGCUUGCUGUGAGGAGCAUGCAUCUGUGGCCUCUUAUUAGCCAUUCGUCUCGCCGUGGCGACCAACAUUCAGCGUUCUGGCCGGGAAUACGGCGUAUGUUUGAGUUUCCGUCAGGCCCACCGACGAGUUUUGCAAAGCCGCGUCAAUUCUGGAAGCUGCCUGACCCGCUUUGAUUCGCGUUCGUGUUCUCAAGACCUCUCUUUCGCAUAGAUUUACCCGUAGUACGCACGACUCAGAUGCCUGGCCACUGAGACAGGCCAGCUCAUCAACAAGACAUAGAGUUUGCCAAAGUCGGCGAGAGCUACAUCGACUGACUCGAAUUACCAUGUUCAGGUACUCCAUGGGUAACAAAAGAGGGUCCCG